AAAGAAAGAAGAGAGAGAGAAAGGAAGAAAGAAGAGAGAGAGAGAUCGCGCUGUCCUCUCUCCUCCCAGCGGGGAGGGUCAUGCGGACCCCGUGGGGGGAGCAACCUGGGCGGCCCGCGCGGAGGCGGCAGGAGUGAGGCGGCGGGAGGACUCGAACCCAGCACCCGGGGGUGGGGAGGAAGAUGCUCGGGGUUGCGAGAGCUGAUCUCCGGAGAGCCGCCCCGAGCGGGCCCGGGGGCGCUUGCCCGUGACUCCCUCGUGGUCCUCCUCCUCCGUGCAGCCGCCCGUCCGUCCGUCCGUCCGUCCGUCCCUGCGAGCAGGCCCGGUGCCCCGGUGCCCGGUUGGCAGCAGCAUGGAGCAGUGGCGGCAAUGCGGCCGCUGGCUCAUCGACUGCAAGGUGCUGCCCGCCAACCACCGGGUGGUGUGGCCGGCCGCCGGGGUCUUCGACCUGGCCCAGGCCCUCCGGGACGGCGUCCUCCUCUGCCAGCUCCUCCACAACCUCGCCCCCGGAUCCAUCGACCUCAAGGACAUCAAUUUCAGGCCGCAGAUGUCCCAGUUUCUCUGCUUGAAGAAUAUUCGGACCUUCCUGAAAGUCUGCCACGAUAAAUUUGGGUUAAGGAACAGUGAGCUGUUUGAUCCUUUUGACCUCUUUGAUGUCCGAGAUUUUGGAAAGGUGAUUUCUACAGUGGCCAGGCUGUCCCUACAUAGUAUUGCUCAGAACAAAGGAAUCAGGCCCUUCCCUUCAGAAGAGACAGCAGAGAACGACGAUGACGUGUACCGGAGCUUGGAGGAGUUGGCUGAUGAACAUGAUCUGGGAGAGGAUAUUUAUGAUUGUGUCCCCUGUGAAGAUGAAGGUGAUGACAUCUAUGAAGAUAUUAUUAAAGUGGAAGUUCAGCAGCCCAUGAUUAGAUAUAUGCAGAAAAUGGGAAUGACAGAGGAUGACAAGAGAAAUUGCUGCUUGCUAGAGAUUCAGGAAACUGAGGCCAAAUACUACAAAACACUUGAAGACAUUGAAAAGAACUACAUGAAUCCUUUGAAGCUGGUACUGAGCCCUCUCGACAUGGCAGCUAUUUUUAUCAAUUUGGAGGACCUAAUUAAAGUGCACAACAGUUUUCUACGGGCCAUCGACGUCUCGAUGAUGGCUGGAGGAAGCAGCCUGGCAAAAGUUUUUCUGGAAUUCAAAGAAAGGCUGUUGAUUUACGGAGAGUACUGCAGCCACAUGGAAAUCGCCCAGAAUACGUUGAACCACCUCAUUGCCAAUCGGGAGGAUUUUAGGCAGAAAGUGGAGGAGUGCACUCUGAAGGUCCAGGAGGGAAAGUUCAAAUUGCAAGACUUGCUGGUGGUGCCGAUGCAGCGAGUGCUCAAAUACCAUCUUCUCUUAAAGGAACUCCUCAGUCACUCCACCGAUCGUCCUGAAAGACUGCAGCUCAAGGAGGCCUUGGAAGCCAUGCAGGAUUUGGCCAUGUAUAUCAAUGAAGUUAAACGGGACAAAGAGACAUUAAAGAAAAUCAGUGAAUUUCAGAGUUCUAUAGAAAACUUGCAGGUAAAACUGGAAGACUUUGGCAGGCCGAAGAUCGAUGGGGAAUUAAAAGUUCGGUCGAUAGUAAACCACACCAAGCAAGACAGGUAUCUAUUUUUGUUUGAUAAAGUGGUGAUUGUCUGCAAGAGGAAAGGCUACAAUUAUGAGCUGAAGGAGAUCAUCGAGCUGCUGUUUCAUAAGAUGACGGAUGACCCUAUGAACAAUAAAGACAUUAAAAAGUCUCAUGGAAAAAUGUGGUCCUACGGAUUCUACUUAAUUCAUCUCCAGGGAAAGCAGGGCUUCCAGUUUUUCUGCAAGACCGAAGACAUGAAAAGGAAAUGGAUGGAGCAGUUUGAAAUGGCAAUGUCCAACAUCAAACCUGAGAAAGCCAAUGCAAAUCACCACAACUUCCAGAUGUAUACGUUCGAUAAAACGACCAACUGCAAAGCCUGCAAGAUGUUUUUAAGAGGGACCUUCUAUCAGGGCUAUCUUUGCACGAAAUGUGGAGUCGGAGCCCAUAAAGAAUGUUUAGAAGUUAUUCCACCCUGCAAGAUCAGGUCUCUGGGAUACAUAUGUCCACAAAAACAUAUCUGCCACUGUUCUCCUGUGGACCAGGACGCUUUAAGUAUAGGACCCGGUCCCAAAAUGGUGGCCAUCCAGAACUAUCACGGCAACCCAGCUCCUCCAGGGAAGUCGGUGCUCGCGUUUCAGACAGGAGAUGUCAUCGAGCUGCUGAGGGGAGACCCGGACUCACAGUGGUGGGAAGGACGGCUAAUACACACCAAGAAGACUGGGUUUUUUCCUAGUUCAUCUGUGAAGCCCUGCCCUGUGGAUGGAAGGCCCCCCAGCAGCAGGCCCCCAUCGAGGGAGAUAGACUACACCGCGUACCCUUGGUUUGCAGGCAACAUGGAGCGACAGCAGACUGACAACUUGUUGAAAUCCCACGCGAGCGGGACGUACCUGAUCCGAGAGAGACCCGCAGAAGCAGAGCGCUUUGCAAUAAGUAUUAAGUUUAAUGAUGAGGUGAAGCACAUUAAGGUGGUCGAAAAAGACAACUGGAUUCAUAUCACAGAAGCCAAAAAGUUUGAAAGCCUCUUGGAAUUGGUGGAAUACUACCAGUGCCAUUCGCUCAAGGAGAGUUUCAAGCAGCUGGACACCACACUGAAGUAUCCCUAUAAAUCCCGGGAACGGUCAGCUUCUCGGGCAUCCACCAGGUCUCCAGCCUCCUGUGCUUCCUACAACUUUUCUUUUCUCAGUCCUCAGGGUCUCAACUUUUCCUCUCAGGGUCCCUCCACUCCUUUCUGGUCAGUGUUCACGCCCCGGGUCAUCGGAACAGCAGUGGCCAGGUACAACUUUGCAGCCCGGGACAUGAGGGAGCUCUCCCUGCGGGAGGGAGACGUGGUGAAAAUCUACAGCCGCAUCGGCGGGGACCAGGGCUGGUGGAAAGGAGAAACCAACGGCAGGAUUGGCUGGUUUCCAUCGACCUAUGUGGAGGAAGAGGGAGUGCAGUGACAGAGGCGGGAUCUCUGCCAAGCCCAAUCAGACCCCAGGAAGAGUCAUGCCAACGUAUGUGUUGUCCUCCUGCACUUGGGACCGGGAGGGGAAUGCAAUCCAAUCUUCCAGUAUUAAACCCCAGGAGAGGGACGAAACACGUAACGACCACGCUGAACCACGAGUCGCUUUGCCAUCAGCCGAUCAUUGACGAUCUGUGGGUGGGGGUGCUACUUGUAUAUAAGAAUUAGAGAAUAUAUAUCAGAUUAUGUUGCUAUGAACAACCACAGAGCAAAAUCUUCUGGAAAGGUGAACGAAACCCAUCAUUUCUGAGCCAAGGGACUAAAGUAUUGUGAUGGCCUGAUGCUUAAGUUUCCAGCCCGGCUUCCCAAAAGGGUUGUCUGGAGCUGCCACUAAGCGUUACGGGCCGACGGGGGUGCAGGUCUCCCUCUUCAUUCCCUCAAGGCCAUCUUCGGCGAUGGACAAGAGUCUUCCUCCAUAGCAGCCGGCUUCCACCCCUCCCCUUCCUCGUUGUCUGCAUUUUCAUCCACUCUGGUCUUUCCCGGCUGCUCAACGGCAGGCUAGCUGCAACCUUGGGGAUCACGGGCCUUCAGUCAGAUCCAGGGGCAGAGGCAGCAGGAAGAGAGAGGGGGCCCCCCCCAGGGCCCCACUCUGCUGCAUUUUCCGGGACGAAGGAGCCACCCCAGGGCUGAACCGAAGGCCGUCGGGAAGAGGCCUGUCUCCCCGAAAGAUGGGACGGCACGUUGAGAAGUUUUCCCGAAUCGUUCCACGUGCAAUGUGGGCUGUUGGUGUCACGCUCGCAGCCUGGGAUAGGGGAGGAGAGGUGGGGAAGGAAACAGCUUGCCUCCCCUGGACCCAUCCAAGAAGCGUCCAUCCCACCAGGGGAAAAUGUGCCUUUUCCUGUGGGAUUCUCGGUACGAGCCUGUAUCCACGUUGCAUGUGUCACCGAAUUCUCCUGCUUAAUUAACUGCACUGCAAACCGUAGAAGUCUGACUCCCAGAGGCCCCGAAGGGAAAAAUGGGAAGUGUUUCUUAAGGAAGGGUCACUACUGCUCCCACCCCUUGCUCUGGAGGGAGACCAACUCCAUUCCGGAAGCAAGAAGUCUGCCUUAUGCUUCCGUCAGUUCUCAUCCCGUCCAUCUACAUUUUACUAGAGGAAGCUGAAGAACCCUAAGCAGCCUCUGGAGUUUUCCUUCUGACUAGUCCCCUGUCUGCCUCCGUUCCUAUACCUGGAAUGUUCUUCCAGCCUCCUCUUUAACUCCAGGCAAGGUCUGGUGGGUGCAGUUGGAGGUACUGGGACCUUUGGAGACGGUUUGUAAAUCAAUGCACUCUGGAGCCGCGUCUUUCCAUUCCGCCUUCCUUCCCUUCUGCUUUUUGGCAUGGUCCCUGCUAUCCCUAACCCACCCCCUGUAACAGCCCCCUCAGCACCCUGGUCCAUCCGCUGGACUCCGGAACCUUCUGAUGGAGGAGCAGCCUGCACUCCAUUAAGGUGUUCUCUGAGAGCCGCUGAUGGGAAGAGCAGAUUCAUUGAUUCAUUCAUUCAGUCGUAUUUAUUGAGCGCUUCCGGGGUGCUGAGCACUGGUCUAAGCGCUUGGAAGAGUACAAUAUAAAAAGGAACAGACACAUUCCCUGCCCACAUCGAGCUUACAGUCUCCCAGGAGCGGGGAGCUCUAGCCAACCCUGGACUCCUGUUUGCUGGAAUCCCAGCCCACCAGUCCUGAGCCUGCUUCUUGUCCUCACCUGUGAGUGAGCGGGCUCCAAGCUAGCAUGCAGAGCCCGGGGAGGGGAAUGCACCCCCCUCUCUGUUCACCUGCAGCUUUGGCACAAUCGCGAGUCCCCCGGCUUCAGUCGCCACCAACCGGAAAAACAAAAACCCUGGGCUGGCCUGAAGGAAGGUGCCAUUUAACCAAAUGUCUGCACAGAUGUGUUCCCAGACUCAGACGGAGAGAGUUCUGAGCACAAGGGUUUAUAACCGCACAGAGGAGAAACCAGAAGAGGGCACCAGAGGAGAAGGGACAAGAGUUUAGUCCUCUUGUCCUCUUGUCCUGUUUCAUGGUGGACCAGUGGCUUCGAUGGGCAACCAGGUUCUGGAGCCCAGUUACCGCCUGAUGAUCACUAACGUAAGGCUGUGGAGAGAGGGUAGGCGUCAUAGAUUUCAUUUGUCUCAUUUGCCCAGCUGAAAUUGAAUUGGAAAGCAUGAAGUUAAGGAAAAAUCAAGUGUUGGCCUCUCAGCCCUUCAAGAAAAUCUCACUCCGUUACCCAGAUUCUUAAAACCAAGAGAGGUGUUCUCUGUCUUGUCCCUCCCUAGCCCCUUUCUUACUCCCCUCUCUGCCAAACCUUCUGAGCAUCCCUUUUGAUGUCGCACAUCUGUCGGAGAUCAAAAACUCUGCUUCCGUGUUCACCCAAAAUCCGGACACCCAUCAGUCAUUCCUGGGAAAAGUGAUCUCUUUUUGUGUUUACUGUUGUAAGAAAAUUGUUUUUUUAAAAAGAAGAAAGUUUGUAAUUAUUCAUCAAAAUGCCAUGAUAUAUAUCUGUGAAUAAGGGAAAAUGUUUUUAUGACGAUGGCGAGAAAAUUGUAUAUAUUUUAGUUCAUUGGGGAACCAAUCAAAAAUUAUAACUGAAGUUGUUCAGAAAUGGAAAAUAAUAUGUAAAUUCCUUGAUUUUGUUUGCACUGUACUAACCGGGGUGGGAGAGAAGGGAUAGAGAUUUGGUUGUGGAAUAGGUUUUAGCUGAAAAUUUGGAAAUCUCCAGGGGUAGCUUGUAAUGCUGGGAUAGAAAUUUAGCUGCUACUUAGGAUCCCUUUGCAUGUGAUUUACAGGUUUUUCAGUUACAGUACAUUAAGUUAAAGCCCCACAACAGAACAAAUGUAAUUUUGCUGAUAAAUUUUUCAAACUGUGGUUUUUACUGCAAAUAAACAUUCAUUCUUUUCUGCA